GUCACUGAGACGUACCAAGAAACUUAGGAGUCUGGCGCGGGGGUUGAACGGGACUAUUGGAAAAGCUUGAGACCAUGAGUCUCCCCGGAGGGAGCCCGCAGCCCAGCUACCUGCUGGCCUCAUUAAAGGCUGACUGCGUCAAUAAACCCUUUCACCAGAGAUGCCAGGACCUUGUCCGAGUCAUUGAAGAUUUCCCCGCAAAGGAGCUGCACGCCAUCUUUACGUGGCUAGUGGAGCAGGUCUUUGGCAGCCUGGACGGCAGCAUUGUGGGCUGGAACCUGAGAUGCUUACAGGAGAAGAUUGCUCCUCUGGAAUUCCAUUCCGCAUUGUUCUUCUUAGAUCCCAGUGGCGCAAUGAUGAAGCUAGUUUACAAACUGCAAGCAGAGGAAUACAGAUAUGAUUUUCCGGUUUCAUUCCUACCGGGUCCUGUACGUGCGUCUAUACAGGAGAGAGUCUUGCCAGAAUGUCCUUUCUAUCAUAACAAGAUCCAGUUUCCAUCUUCUGGAGGACUUGGUCUACAAUUGUCUCUUAAUGCAUUUGAGUAUUUCAUGUUUCACUUUGCCAUCUUCCUAAUCAUACAGAGGAACUUUAUCACAGGGCAAGUUUGCAACUACUCUGAUAACGCCUACUACAUCUUGGUGGAAAAGUACCUGAAUUGGUUCCUGCCUAUAGAAGGAAAUGUCCCCCCACCUCAUUUCUCCAACCCCGGAGGAGCCGUUCCAUCACCUGCACCGAGAUCCCCAUCAAUUUCAUUAGCUUCGUAUGGGACGAGCCCCAGUCUUUUAAAGAGACACAUUUCUCACCAGCACUUGGUAAAUGCUGACCCUGCAGCUCAGGAGAUAUGGAGAUCGGAGACCUUAUUGCAGAUAUUUGUCGAAAUGUGGCUUCACCAUUAUUCCCUUGAAGUACACCAUAAAAUGCAGUCUCCGCAUGCUAAGCUGGAGGCGCUUCACCACAGGCUCAGUGUGUCCAGUACUUCCUACAUUAGUCCUGCUCUGCCCGGGUCCCUCCUUUCAUACCAAGAGUCUUUCCAGCCCACGGAGGAACAUGUGUUAUUGAUCAGAGUUCUUGUGAAACACUUGCACGCCUUCGCCAAUAGCCUACGACCGGAGCAAUCAUCCCCUUCUGCUCACUCUCACACACCGAGUCCAAUGGAAGAGUUAAAAAAAGUUGUUAUCCCAAGAUUCAUUCAGCCGAAGCUAUACAUCUUUCUGCAGCAUUGCUUUGGUCACUGGCCUCUGGAUGCCUCCUUUAGAGCGGUACUGGAGAUGUGGCUGAGUUACGUGCAGCCCUGGAGAUAUGUUCCUGAGAGAUCUUCUUCACCUCUUAGCAAUGAACCACAGAACCGCGCAGUCUCAAAUAAAUGGGCUCCAUUUGUACAGGAAAACCUGCUCAUGUACACAAAGCUGUUCCUUCGUUAUCUGAACCGUGCCAUCCGCAGUGACCUUUUCAGCCCCAAGAAUGCACUAAUGCUUUUCAGAGUAGCAAAGGUUUUUUCUCAACCCAAUCUUCCUGAAAUGAUCCAAAAAGGUGAGCAAUUACUCCUAGAACCAGAACCUGUUAUGCCCCACCGGCAUCACCGACUUCUUAUGUCACCAAGCCUCAGCGGAAGCUUUCUUUCAUCCUGGCAGCCUCCAAUUGCAGAUGCUUCUUUCAAGAUAAAGAGUCACGUGUACAGCCUUGAGGGGCAGGACUUCCAGUACACGCAGAUGUUUGGUAGUGAGACGAGAAAUCUGGUUCUGCGACUUGCUCAACUGAUCAUACAAGCCAAGCAAACUGCUAAAUCCAUCUCUGACCAGUAUCCAGAUACAGGCAGCCAGUCACUAUUCUCUUGGUUUGGGUUGAACAAUCAAGAUCAGAACAACACUUACACAGGGAAUGACCUUGACGAGUCAGGGUAUGACAGCAUUCGGAAAACCGAUGAACACUUGGAAAAAUCGCUGGAGUAUCUCUGUCAGAUUUUCCGGCUGAAUUCUGCACAGCUCAGUCAGCUUACAGUACACUUUGGGAAUGCACAGGAUGAAGGCCAGAGGAAUAAAUUGCCUGACUUUAUAGAGAAUGAAAAUGGUGUUUACCUGACACCACUAGGCAGACAGCAGAUAAUAAAUGGAUUGCGCAAGUUUGACAUACAGUACCAUGGUGAUCCUGAGCUCCAGCCGAUCCGUAGCUAUGAGAACGCUACGCUGGUGCGAUUACUGUACCAGCUAUCUACUAUAAUAAAUGAAAGGUUUGGCAGUACAUUUGCUUCACUUUGCAGAAGACAGGACUUUUUGGGAAGGUUUUGCAGUUAUCAUCUGAUCAGCAAUCCCACUGCACAGAGAAUGAGCCCCAUGCUAUCCACUAGUACCUAUGACCCAACUGUUCCCCGAAUCAGUCUACGAUUCUUUGCCAACUAUCGAGUCCUGCUGAAUUUGGCUCUUUUCUACUUUGUGUGUGGCAGAAUGCUGUCUAUAGGACCCGUUUCCUGUACGCUCCUCCUUUUUUUUGUAUACGUUUUAUAUGCAGCGAUGAUGACUUUACUCACUGAUCACCGGAGACCACACCAGGACUGACACAUUUUCUUUUUAUAUGUAUGUGGUUUUUUUUAAUGAUGUAGACCGUGUAUUUUAAAGGUGGAAAAAACUACAACAAUAAUCAGAAUUAAAUUGAACUCUUUAUAAAUUU